UACAUUUAGGGCUUGUGGAGCUUUAAGAGCUAAGAAACAAACGGUGAGUCACCCUCAAAACGGUCCAUCGAGAUGAAUUGUCUGAAGGAACCGAUUCUCUUAAAUGAACAGAUCUUCCCAACGCUAUCAUUUACGCCCAAAGGCUACAUGCGAUUUAUGACCUCUUGCGGUUCCUGUUCAUUCCAUCAUCACAGACUGCUCUUUGGCUAAAGGGGUUUGCUCUCGCAUUAAGAAACGGAUACGUUCUGUGUCAGCGGUGAUCAUUUUUGUUUUGAAUGCGUGGUCCGAAUGAAAACAACGCGCGGCUUGCAGGAAUGAUCAUUGUGCCUUUCACGUUGCGUUGGAUUUGAUGCGGUAAUGUUUGAAAGCCCCUAGAAAGGAACCUGUCAUCUUGUGCAGCUUCAUGUAUGUCCUGCUCUUGGCCUCCACUUUACCAGUCUCUGCAUUCCUCCCUCCGCUGCGUUAAACCAAUCACAGCACAGACGCCAUUGCCAUGGACACGGAUUCAAUCCACUCCGGCUAUUCCCACCACUCCAACAGAUCACGAGGGUCAAACAAACAGAGUGAGCGCAGCAGCAGGGAUCGACACAAGCCUCACAGCCGCGACAGCAGCAGCCGCUCAGACAAGAAUGUGACGAUCAGUGCGACGUCUGUGCAGCCGCAGCAGCCAGAUCAGAGCUCCGCCCCCACAGACGCCCAGGAUGACAACUGGGGUGAAACCACCACGGCGGUCACUGGAACAUCAGACCACAGCUUGUCUCAAGAGGACCUGGCAGGCUUUGGGAAGGACACGGAGGGUCCAGUUGAGAAAUUAAACUGUAUACGCUUCCUUCCGUUGGCCCUGACCCUCCUCUUGGGUCUGCUGGUCCUGGUCACCCCUCUGUCCUUCCUGAUUUUGCCACAGUUAAUGUGGCCGGAGCGCCUGCAGACUUGCGGUACUGCAUGUGAAGGCCUGUUUCUCUCACUGGCCUUCAAGCUCCUCAUCCUGCUGCUGGCCGGCUGGGCUCUGUUUAUGCGGCCGACAAGAGCUUCUCUGCCCAGGAUAGCAGUGUUUCGUGCCCUGCUGGGUUUACUGACACUCCUCCUGCUGCUGUCCUAUUGGCUGUUUUUUGGAGUGCGCAUAUUGGACUCACAGGAUGAUAACUACCAAGGCAUAGUGCAGUUUGCAGUAUCACUGGUGGAUGCUCUGCUGUUCAUCCAUUACCUGGCAGUGGUUCUGCUGGAGAUCCGACAUCUGCAGCCCUGCUUCUCUCUAUGUGUCGUUCGCUCCACUGAUGGAGAAACUCACCACUAUAACAUGGGACAACUCAGUAUUCAGCGGGCAGCCCUGGUAAUUCUUGAGCACUAUUAUAAGGAUUUCACAGUUCACAACCCUGCCCUACUGACAGCUGCUAAGUCCAGGGCGGCUAAACAUCUGGCCGGGCUGAAAGUCUAUAAUGUGGAUGGUGCUGGAAGUGAUGCUGCAACGGCUCAGUCUCGAGCAAAAAUGGCAGCUGCCGCACGACAGAGAGACACCAGUCAUAAUGAGCUGUACUACGAGGAAGCAGAGCAUGAUAGACGAGUCCGUAAGCGCAAAGCACGACUGGUGGUGGCAGUAGAGGAGGCGUUCACACAUGUUAGACGGCUUCAGGAUGAGGAGAAAAAGAAGCCACCAGGAGAUGAGAUGGAUCCACGUGAGGCGGCGCAGGCCAUCUUUCCCUCCAUGGCUCGAGCACUGCAGAAAUACCUCCGCACCACCCGCCAGCAGCACUGCCACAGCAUGGACAGCAUUCAGGCACACCUGGCUUUCUGCAUUACAAACAACAUGACCCCAAAGGCGUUUCUGGAGAGUUAUCUGACCGCCGGCCCCACGCUGCAGUACGGGAGAGAGAGCUCUCAGACUCGCCACUGGACACUGGUCAGCGAGGCAUCCGUCACCAGUCCCCUCCGGAACGGCUCUGAGUUCCAGCUGAAAUCAUCUGACUUCAGCCUAGUGGUCACCAGCAAAACCAUCCCGCACCUCAAACUGUCAGAGGAGUACGUCCAUCCCAAAUCACACAAGUUUGUACUACAACUACAGUCUGAGACGUCUGUCUGAUGGAGUGCGUUGAUCUCGUCCAUUUGCUUUUCUACGCUUGUAAAUUUGGGACUUGUACUAUUUUGUUUUGGAAUUCUUUUUUCACUUUUUCACAGUUUAUAAAUGGCAUUUUACAUGAUGUAUGUAUUUUGAUACAAUAUUUGUUAUUACUGAGAACAGAAGAGAACAAAAAACAAGAGAAAAAAAGUGUACCUGUAAUGUAUGUUAUCUGAUGACCUAGUGCUGACUGGUGUGAUUGUGCAUUUGUGCUCCUUGUCUGUAUGUUUCGUUUUGCAUAGAACAAAUGCUAGUUAAGUACUGUGAUAAACGUCAACAUUUUGCUUUUGCAAACAGAUAUUGUUUAGCAUAUCUAUGCUUAUGAGGCCUGUAUGUUUUAUCAGUUUACCACAACACAAAUGAGCGUUUAUUCAUUAUCAUGAGAUCAGGUAAGUUUGGAAACACUGUUUGAGGAUUGCGAAACUGCACCGGCAAAAAGAUCUUGUCUGCUUUCAAUACUGCUGAGAUGUCAAUAAAAUGAAUAUUUAGGAGUUUCAAAAUUAUAAAUUGGAUAAGAAAUAGGAUAGAGAGAGAAAUAGGUCAGAAAAAGCACCUCAUUACCAGAUUUAUAUCAUAAUGUGUUAUAACCAGUGUUUGGGUAUUGCUUUUCUAAGUAACAAGUACAGUGUAAUGCAUUACCUUCAAAAUUGAAGUUAUAAUAUUUGAGUUAGUUUAAUUAAUUAGCUUUUAAAAAUAAAUUGUUAAACUAAAAUGAAAGAAGUCACAAUGAAUCAUGCUGUCAAUAACAAAAUGUGUUCAUAAUUUUUAACAUUAAAGAAAAGGGGAUUGUACAAUGUACAAUGAUUUCACUUGAGACAAAUAGUACAAAAGUAGCAAACACACUGCUUUAAACUUUCUUUAAUAUGUAUAUACGGCAUGUAUAGCUCUGGGGUCAAAAAGUUUAUCUGUUUUUUUAAGGUAAAUUAAGGUGAAACAGUGCAUUGUUAAUUGCAGAACUCCUCUAUUUAAAAAGAAAGAAAAAAAUAGUUCUGAAAGAGAUCAAGCCUCAGCCAGGUAAUAAAAAUAACGCAAAAGUAACUCUAAAGUAAUGUAACAUUAUUUACCAUAAAACAUAACUGUAACGCAACUAGUUAUUUUUUUGGGGGGAGUAACUCAAUAUUGAAAUGCAUUACUUUCAGAAGUAACUUUUCCCAGCACUGGUUACAACAAGAAGCACUUUAUUAAACAUUUUAAACAACAAAAGUUGUUGGGCAGAUUAAGGUCCCAAAAUGUAAUUCGAAAGCAUAAUUAAAUUUAACACCCAUAGAUCACAGAUAAUGGAAAACUAUCUGUUAAUUGUAACUUUGCCAGUGCCAUAAUAAUAGCAUGAUAGCCAAACAUGAUCAUUUUCUUAUUUCUGCCAUUUUUAUACGUUGGAAGAAAAAGGAGUAAUAUAUUACAGGAAAAAAAAACAGCCUUUCCUUUGUGAUGAAUAAAUUGUGAUUUAUAGUUCACCUCAUUUUUGUGUGGUAAUUAAAUUGUGAAUAAGGUAUUUUUACAGUUAAUUUAUUUUUUAUUGUGUGUGCCUGCGUGUGUGCGCGUGUUCAUCAUCAUCAUUCUCAAUGACUUGUGUUUACAAAAUGCAAGCCCAUUAAUGCUGCCUAACACAUUUAUAAACCUGCUCUUCACUGUUUUUUAAGGCUUGAAAUUUGUUUGCUUAUGAAGCAAAAGUAGAGAAUCAACCUUGUAUGCCUUUUUUUAUUGCUUCGGUGAGAUUUUCCACUAAGGCUAAUAUAUGAUUUCUUUUUGUAUGUAUUGAUAAAGGACAAUUAUGGUUAUGUUAUUUACAUUCUCUAGCUGUAAUAGCACAAUUUUCCAUUGUGUUUUGUCAGUUUAGUCCUGUCUGAUCACACAGUACCAUCACAUUCAAUUAAGGAACUUAUUUUUUAAAAAGUACAAGUCAGAAAUCAGAUUCUUUCAUGUACAAAUUUAUAAGACUGAAUAAUAAUUUAGACUGAAACCACAAGAGAAGCACAAGUUUUCACUUUCUUAACCUGAAAUAUGAUUUUAAAAAUAUGGCUUAUUCAGAUCAUUUAUACAGUGAGUUACAGUAAAACACUGUGAGAGGAAAAUUGUCGGAUAUUUCAUGCAUAAUAUGUUCAGCAAAGACAUUUGUUUUGUGUUCACUUUCAAACUGGAAUUUGUUGUCUGCAGAGCUGUUGCCCAUUUAUCUGUGUAUAUAUAAAUACAUAUAAAUAUGGACUAUUUCAUGUAUUAAACUAUACUGUAUGUAUAUAAUUUAUUUAUUAUUGUAUGUAGUUUACACUUGUGUACACCUCUGCAUGUGCAUAUGUUUUAUUAAUGUAUUCAUCAAUUUCCAUUAUGGGUAUAAAAUAUAAAAUCAUUUUGGACAGCUGAAUUGCAUUGGAAUUGACUGCAUUGUGGACUAGGAUUCAAA